GAGACAAUGGAAGUAGAGCAAGUUCUUCACAUGAUAUGGCGGAAAUGGAAAAAUAAGCUACGCAAACCACUCACUACUUCAAAGAGCUGUGAUUUCGAUGGUGAAGCCUAUUGUGGAUGCAAGUUUAGAGGAGUUCUGCAGCACUUUCUUCCCGGAGUGUCUGAAAGUAGCAGACUUAGGAUGCUCUUCGGGACCAAAUACCCUUCUGGUGGUAUCAGACAUAAUUGAAAAUAUCCGAAACACGUUUCGAAAGCUCAACCUUCCCCCGCCAUCGCUCCAAGCACUCUUGAACGACCUUCCCCGGAACGAUUUCAAUACGGUGUUCAGGUUACUUCCUGGCUUCUAUAAGAAGCUCCAUGAAGAAAAUGGGAACAAGUUGGGUUCUUGUUUCAUUGCAGCAAUGCCUGGUUCCUUUUAUGGGAGGCUCUUUCCUGACAACUCUCUUCACUUUGUUCAUUCAUCUUAUGCUCUCAUGUGGAUCUCUGAGGUUCCAAAAGGUUUGGUAACAGAAGGAGGAGAGGGACUGAACAAGGGGAACAUAUACAUAUUUAAGACAAGCUCACCUGCUGUGUUUAAUGAAUACUUUGAGCAACUCAAAAGGGACUUCACUGUCUUUCUGCGAUCUAGGGCACACGAGCUAGUCCCGGGAGGUAGUAUGGUUCUCACAACCAUGGGCAGCAUAAAGAGCAAUGAUCCCCUCUCCAUUUGGGAAUUCGUCGGAUUGAAACUCCAUGACAUGGUUUUAGAUGGUUUGAUCGAGGAGGACAAGUUGGACAGAUUCAAUUUGCCAUACUACGCGCCCACAACAGAUGAGGUAAAAGAGGUGAUCGAGGCGGAAGGGUCUUUUACUUUGCAAAACCUUGAAGCUUUCAGAAAUGACUGGGACUCUUACAUAAAACAAGCCAAUAGUGACCUUGACAAGAAAGCAAGGGCUGCAAUACUCUCCACUGACAUAAGGGCUGUGGGAGAUCCUAUUCUGGCCAGCCAAUUCGGAGAGGAAGCCAUGGACGAUUUGUUUCGCAGGUUUGAAGAAGUUGUUCUUGAUCACAUGGAAAAGGAAAAAUGCCAGUUCAUUAACCUGGUUAUCUCGUUAACUAAGAAGCGUUGA